AUGAGGCUACUUUUGUGUUUCUGCAUCUGCCUUGUCCUCCUCCUCGCCGGCUCCUCCCGCGAUCCCUUCUCCGAGCGCUGCCCGCUGCGGCACCGCCGGCAGCUCCAGGACGUCGUCGUUAGGCUGCAGGCGGCGAGCACCGCGAUUGCAGCACGGCCGCGGCAAGAAGGGAUCGCCGAUCCGGUCUAUGAGACCUCCAAGAGGCUCAGUCCGGGGGGAUCCAACCCUCAGCACCACCGCUGA